AUGCUCUCCGCCACCUCCUUGGCCGCGCGCGCCUGCGCCCGCCGAGCCGCCGCUCAGCCGUCUCCCUCGUCCGCGCCCGCCGCGAGCGCGAUCCGAUGCCGCCACGCCCGAGGCCUCUCCUCCUGGGGCAGCCGGCACGACCGCUCCUCCCUCCCUGCGCGAUAUGCCGCCCAGCCAGCCGCCAGGGUCGGCAGCGAGUGCCAGCGCCGACAACAACAACAACAACAACAACAUCAUCAUCAUCAACAACAGCAACAACGGCGCCUGGCCACGACGACGACGAACCCCAACCCGCCCCUCGACUUCAAGAACGCCUCCAACAGCGUCCCCUCCCGCGUCGGCCUGAUCGGCGGCCGCGGGUACACCGGCACCGUGCUGGUCGAGCUCUUCAACAAGCACCGCUACAUGGACCUCGUCCACGUGUCGUCGCGCGAGCUUGCCGGCCUGCCGCUCCGGGGGUACACCAAGCGUCAGAUUGUGUACGAGAACCUGUCGCCCGAGGACAUCGGCCAGCUGGACAAGGAUGUGGACUGCUGGGUCCUGGCGCUGCCCAACAAUGUCUCGGAGCCGUAUGUCGAGGCGCUCGAUCGGGUGCAGAAGGAGACUGGCCACCGGAGCGUCAUUAUCGAUCUCUCUGCCGACCAUCGGUUCGACGACUCGUGGACGUACGGCCUCCCUGAGAUCACCAAGCGCUCCAAGAUUUGCCAGUCGACGAGGAUAUCGAACCCCGGGUGCUACGCCACUGGAGCGCAGCUUGGCAUCGCUCCCCUGGUGGAACAUCUUGCAGGCUCGCCGACCGUGUUUGGCAUUUCGGGAUACUCUGGCGCGGGCGUCAAGCCGUGCUCCAAGAACGAUACCACGCUGCUGAAGGAUAACCUUAUCCCAUACUCGUUGACGGGUCAUGUUCACGAACAGGAGAUUGGUCAUAAUCUGGGCAUCUCUGCGGCAUUUAUUCCUCACGUGGCCUCUUGGUUCCGCGGCAUACAUCUUGCCAUCAGCAUUCCCCUUGUCAGAUCCAUGUCAUCACGCAACAUCCGCCAGCUGUACCAGGACCGCUACGCGGCCGAAUCGCUUGUCAAGGUUGUGGGCGAGCCCCCCCUGGUGCGCUCGAUAGCGAUGAAGCAUCACUGCGAGAUUGGCGGGUUCGCCGUCGACACCAACGGCACGCGCGUGGUCGUCUGCGUCACCAUCGACAAUCUGAACAAGGGAGCCAGCACGCAAUGCCUACAGAAUAUGAACCUCGCGCUCGGGUACGCGGAAUACGAGGGUAUUCCCAGCGCGCGGUAG